AGCAAAUUCAACAUGUCAAGUAGGAAGACAAAAUCUAAAACCACAAAGAAGCGAGCCCAGAGGGCCACUUCCAAUGUGUUUGCUAUGUUUGAUCAGGCUCAGAUCCAGGAGUUCAAAGAAGCUUUCAACAUGAUUGACCAAAACAGAGAUGGAUUUAUUGACAAAGAAGAUUUAGCAGAUAUGCUUGCAUCAUUAGGAAAGAAUCCCACAGACCAGUACUUAGAGGAAAUGAUGAGCUGUGCCCCAGGCCCCAUCAACUUCACAAUGUUUCUUACAAUGUUUGGGGAGAAAUUAAACGGCACGGACCCGGAAGAUGUUAUUAAGAAUGCUUUUGCCUGCUUUGAUGAAGAUGCAUCAGGUUACAUUAAUGAAGACAGACUUCGUGAGUUACUAAUGACCAUGGGUGAUCGUUUCACUGAGGAUGAGGUUGAUGAAAUGUUCCGGGAAGCACCUUUGAAGAACGGAAUGUUUGAUUAUGUAGAAUUUACGAGAAUUCUCAAACACGGAAAGAAAGAAGAACAAUAGAAUCAGGAACAAUCUGCGCAACAUUCCAUUCUCCACAUAUCUAGUGAGGGACCAAUCGAGACGCAGUGGGGAUAGCUAGUUAACUCUCAUUAACAUGGGACCAAGCCUUUAUACACUUUUAUGUUAUAUUUAUAUAUUAAAAAAACUUCCUUAAAAAAAUCA